AUGGGGUUGCCGAAUCGGGCUCAACAUGCGCAAAACUUCCUCAAUCCUUACAUCUACGACCCUUCUUACCCUCUCGCCAUAACAGGGACAAUUGUCGUACUGCUGCUCUCCGCAUACUCUCUCUACCAGUACAUCCGCUUAAAAGCGUACUUCUUCUGGGCAGCCAUUAUUGCAAUCGUCAUGCUCGACCUGGGUUUCAUAUGCCGCCUAGUAUCCGCCUAUGACGAGCACGAAGAGUCGCCUUUUCUCGCAUCCUGGCUCAUGAUUCUGCUGGCGCCCAGUUUCCUCGCUGCAGCAUGUUACACUGCAUUCAGCCGCGUAGUAUGGUUUUCCUGCCCAACCCACGCACUCAACUUCAAAACGUUGUGGUGCUUCCCCAGAUAUAUCACCGCCACCUUUGUGUCCUUCGAUCUCUUCAGCUUCAUCAUUCAACUCGUGGGUGCCAGUCAAAUCAGCCGACAGUACGACGAAGACGUGCAAGGAAACCGGUCUAUUGCCUCGUCGGAACGGAAAGCGCUACCUGGUCGUAUUAUCCUCAUCCUAGGGUUAGUAUUGCAGGUGCUGUGUUUCGUCAGCUUCUCCAUCAUCAGCAUGCGAUACUUUUACAUUAGCCGGCGCUGGGCUGCACAUGACUUGGGGGAUCUGCAUCUCUGGCGGAAGUUGGGGUAUACGAUAAACCUCUCCUCGGUUCUCAUCGCCAUACGAGCCUUGUACCGCACUAUCGAGAUACCACAUGAUCGCAACUACGGGCUGCUGUAUCUGCAGAGCCACGAAUGGUGCUUUUGGGUCUUCGACGCCGCGCCAGUACUUGCUGUGCUGGUCGUGUUUGCUGUGUGGCAUCCAGGUCGUUAUUUACCUAGAAGCUAUACGGGGUGCAAAUUGGAUAAAGGCAGGGCUGUCAAAGAGAAGGAUGAGAUCAGCUCGAUGAACGGGGGAAACGGUGCACAGGACACUGGGUUGAGAGACUUUAAGCCUGAGGACUUCCAAUCUGAAAGGGCGGCGACGACUGUGUAG